CGAAAGAGAAAGAAACAAAUAAUGUGUUCCUCUCUUUGUUACCUUGCAUACUUGUGCUAAGUCUGUUCGGAAAGAACACUGCACAUAAAUGAUGUACCACAAUGAUCUUAACCCAGAAAUAGGAGCACUCAAACUGAAAAUUGACAUUGAGCAUAAGUGAUUCUCUUGUUUAUAUUGUGCAGUUAUAAUUGUGCUUUAAUUAAAUUUGGAUUAUUGUAAAAACAUAUAAGACACAUUUAUUAAAAUAAUGUACAACUGUAUAAGUGAUCUAGAAGAUGAUCACCAAGAUGACACCGUGUUAUUUAUGAGAAGAUAUAAAGAUAUAAAUAGAAGUCUAGAUGAGGAUAUGUGGGAUGACUCAGUGUUAAUACAAGCAUAUGACAGAGCUGUGAACUUGGCCAAGGAAGAAGUUGCAAAGCGUAUUGCUAUGGAUACUCAGAGUCGACAAAAAUUUCAAGACUCCAAAUGUCCAAAUCAGCCAAAGAAGCUUCGCAAAAAAUGGACCGUUCGUGAUCCAUGUCGAGCAGUGUACUCAGAAGAUGGGGAAGUUUACGAAGCUAUUAUACUUCACAUUGAUGAAAGUGCUGACGACUGUACAGUAGAAUUUGUUGGAUAUCGAAACAGAGAAAGAGUAAAACUCAGCUCUCUUUUGGAAUCUGAGGGAGAUCAAAGUCAAACCGAGCAGCAAAAGCAAGCGUUUAUAGCUAAUGAAGGGGAUACAGAUUCUGAACCAUAUAUAUUUGUACCCUCUAAUCCGCAUCACAAACCAACCGACUUUGUGUACGAUUAUGACACUGACACCGAUACGAUGAUACGUAGACAAAAUCUUCCAUACAAAAAAUAUUUCCGAAAGUCUAUUCCAGUACGUGAGUCUGAAAUCAAACCGCCAAACUGCGCAAUGCCACCUCCUCCACCUUUACCGCCAAACUGCGCAAUGCCACCCCCUCCACCUUUACCGCCACAAUUAAUGGCUAAAUUGCCCGAGACUGAUACAGAUGCAUUGUCCAGUAUGUUGAUGUCAUGGUACAUUAGUGGAUUUCAUACAGGUUAUUAUCAUGGAUUAAAGCAGGCUAAAAUUAAUCAGGAGAAGAGAGGAAAUUGUCAAUAAGCCUGUACAGGUUUUUAUUUUUAUUUUUUACAAGAUGCAACUACUUUUAUAUCAUAUGUCAUCAUACUAUUAAUAAGUAAUAGUUUAAUAACAUUCUGCAGAUUUAGUUCGCAGAUACAUAUGAAAAUGUUUAUUUGUAUACUUGCAUCAUUAAUUGACGUUUUGAACAAACUUGAAAUCAAUUAUAAAAAUUCUAACAAAUUUUUAUACUGCUCGUCGCAUGUGAUUUUACCAUUUCUUGCGUGUAAUAUUUUGCAAAUUUUAAAGCAAGAAAAUACUUUUUAAAAACCAGUAAAAAAUGUGUGACGAAACAUCUGUGGAAAAAUAUAUAUACAUAUAUAUUUA